AUGUGCAGUCAGCCUUUGAGAGCGGCUACGACUGCCGUCAGUAUCAAUACCUACGACAAGAAUGGCGAGACACCUAUCCACCACGUAGUCGCAGCCAACAUUGCGGAACUUGUGCGAUUGCUCCUCGCAAAAGGCGCCAACUCGUCUCAGCGCCCCAAGGCCGAACAAUCCAGACCAGACAACACCGCCAUAGAGGGUGCGGCGAUAUUUAACCAAACGAGUGCAUUCAAGCCCCUCCUCAACAGUGGCACACCCGUCUCAAGCGGUGCUUUAGAGGCUUUUACCUCGCAAGGAAACCUAGACGCUGUUACAAUCUUUCUAAACAGCAGCGUAGGCGACCUCUAG